GUAGUAACAAACGUCAGAAUAGGGGUCACACUUCAUAAAUAUACAUGCACAGGUAGUAUAUACAUACAUAUAGACGUUUUGAGCCAAGUGAAUAGUUUGAGUCGAAAUCGUAAUUUAGCGUACAACGAAGAGCGCACACGUUUGCCAGAUUUGCUUUGUCGUGGUAAAGUGGAAGCGUAUUUUAUUGGCGCUGGUUGACUUUGUGAAUUUGUGGAUAAAAUUCUUCAAUUAUUAUUUUAGGCUGUGAAAAAUGGCAGAUAUUGAAACGAGCGCAAAUUAGUUGUGAAGCGCACUACUAAAUCGCGUGAGAUAACGCGAAAAGAAAACGUGCGCGUGCAUACUUACGUGUGUACGUAUUGUUUUUGUAAUUUACCUGUAUGGGCAGUGUAAACACGAGGUUGGCCAACAACAAUUUGACAAGACCAUACACAGGCAUCGCAGUGAAAUGUCAGAAAACAGCUGUGCUCGUAUGUUGUGUCGUUAUAGUUCUGUGUAUAUUAAAUGUUUUUGCGUGUAAAAAUACGUUUCGCAUUGCAUAUUUGCAAUUACACAACUCAAACAAUCAGUCUAAUAAAGUGCAAACAUGUGACAAAGAGUUUUUCUUGCAACAGUCAUGAAGCAAAACUCAUCGACGGCAAGGCUAUUGCCGAUAAAAUUAAGAAUGAGCUCAAAGAAAAGAUUUCAGACUAUGUAGCUCAGGGGAAUCGUCCACCACAGCUAACCGCUAUUUUGGUUGGCAAUGAUCCAGCUAGUCAAACAUAUGUCAAAAAUAAAAUGUUAGCUGCUAAAGCCGUUGGCAUAAAGAGCAACACGAUCGAACUGCCUGACACUACCAGCCAGGAUGAACUGUUAGAGCGCAUCAGCAAAUUAAAUAACGAUACGUCCGUUGAUGGUAUUCUAGUACAGUUACCCGUACCGGAACACAUUGAUGAGCGUACCAUUUGUAACGCUGUGGCGCCUUCCAAAGACGUUGAUGGUUUCAAUGAGAUAAAUGUCGGACGUUUAGCCCUCGAUAUGAAGAGCAUUGUGCCGGCAACACCGUUGGGUGUGUACGAGUUGAUACGGCGUACUGAAAUACCCACAUUCGGCAAGAAUGUAGUUGUGAUUGGACGUUCCAAAAAUGUAGGAAUGCCGACAGCUAUGCUGCUACAUACAGAUGGUCGACAUGAGUCGAAGGGCAUGGAUGCCACUGUGACCAUAUGUCAUCGCAAUACGCCACCGGAGCAACUCAAAAAACAUUGUCAGAAUGCUGAUAUAAUAAUAACCGCAGUUGGCAAACCGGGACUGGUGCGUCGUGAUAUGGUUAAGACUGGUGCAUGUAUCAUAGACAUUGGUAUAACACGCGUACCCGGUAAAGAGCCAGGUAAAACCAAGCUUGUUGGAGAUGUCGAUUUUGAUGUGCGUAAAGUGGCUGGCCACAUAACACCGGUGCCAGGCGGAGUUGGACCCAUGACAGUGGCGAUGUUAAUGAGCAACACCUUCAUGGUGGCACAGUCGCUCGCUAAGACGAAAAUUACCAAUGGUUUCGGCAGCGAUUAAGUUCUUCGCAAUAAAAAAGUUAUUUAAAGUCAUAGUUUUACUACUAGAGUAUUUUUUGUCUAAAUAUUUUAUUAAUAUUACUUUCUAAUGCUACAUAAGCAAUAUGUAUUAAAAAUAUAUAUGCAUACAUAUGUACAUAUUAAACAUAUAUGGAUGUAAAUGGUGCACA